AAACCACGAGUGGUGUACUUGAGUUGUGAAGUUGUGGUCUUUGGAGGAAUAUAUUGAAAUCCAAAUCUUCCUACUUAUUCCUUAAUAACUUGUAGAGCGAAAGAGAAAAAAGAAUGGAAGGUGAGAUGACGUAUCCAGAAAAGAUGAGGUCUAAUUUUAUACAAACAUGUUCCAGAUUUAGCCAUUUCUUGAAGGAGAACAGGACUCUUGGACACCUUCAUGCUUUUAAAGAUUUAGGUGCCAAAGAUGUAUAUGGAGCAAAAAAUCCUGUAACCAAUUUGGAGCUCUUUCCUAUGGCCGACUCAAGAGAAUUGCCACUAGCAAAGGAAGAGGCUAAAAACACUUCUAAAACACCAAGCAUGACCAUAUUCUAUGGAGGAAAAGUGUUAGUUUUCGAUGAACUGCCUGAAGACAAUGCUCGUGAAAUUGUGGCCCUUGCUACUCGCGGAACCAUAAAUGCUAAAGACGACGCACAAACUCAAACUCAAACUCAAACUUCACGCAGUAUCAACACUACAACUACUCAGCUCGCACAAGGAACAUCCAGCUUGUCUGAUUUACCGCUAGCAAGGCGAGUCUCCCUUCACCGAUUUAUGGAGAAGAGAAAACAUAGAAUCGCAAGCAAUGCACCAUACAAUCUGGAGAGUUCAAUGGUAAAAGUGUCUGAUUUAAAUCCUCAAAAAUUCAACACGAUAAAAAAAUCGUACACGCUACAAUUAUUAGAGUUAAAGUUGUAGAUUUUUGUUGAAACCUACGACAUUAAUUAAGGGAAAUUCUUGAGAGUGAGAUCCUCUAUAUGUAUAAUUUUUUUUGAUGAUUUGCUUGUUGGGUAAUUCUCAACCACUUUAUAUUAUUAGAUUAGCAAGGUAUUACCUAUAUCAAUUGGUUAUUAUAUACUAUUUUUUCGUAUUUUUAUUGAAAA